CAUUCCUGAUUUGUUUGUGACAUAGCCGUCAGGACUCAGGAGGGUUGUAUUUCGAUUUGUCUUAACGUUAUGUUUUUAACUCCAGCCUCUCGACCCGUUUGGCAAAUGUCCCCAUCGUGUCAUUUUGAAUUUGAUCCCUUAAAAGUGGACCUUUUCGAGCUUGAAACCGAAAUUAAGUGCCAAAAACAUGUGGUGUUUGGACCCUGGGGUGAUACAACUCAUUUUUCAAGAUGUUGGACAAAGACUCCCAAGAGAGGAAAGAAAAAUUCGAGGAGGGGAAAAAGGAGGCAAUCUACGAGAAAGAUUCACCCCAAAAGGAGAAUGACUGUUACUUUGGACACAAGGUCAGUAGCAUCCUUCCCUUCGUCAUAUCUUCAAGACUACAAGCGCCAGAAACAGGAGCUGGCUAGGAGGCUUAACAAAAAGAAGGACACCGAUACUGUAACCACAACAGGUACAGAUAAGAAACCCUCGCUGAGUUUAACAGACGUUAAAUUGUGCGACUAUCAAGAUUUGGCGAAGCUCGGUAAGAAUCUGCCCUCCUUGUCCCAGACCAUACUCAAGUACGAUGCAGCUGACCACACCUCGAUGGAACAGAACCACAUCCCUCACGGAUUACAACCUCGGACUCAACUAAAACAACCGAAAAAAUGUCGCAAAGUAAGCGUACCAUAUGUAGAUCACCUUACACAACACCUAACCGAACUGAGAGCUCAGAGUAUCUGUACGAUAAUAGAACCCCGGGACCCCAAAACAUUCAGGAUAAGUAACACUUCCUCCGCCAUGAGCGAACAGUCUACAACUACCUCCAACAAACUAGAUCUCCCGGUCAGAGAGCCGCCUCCUCUCCUACCAACCAAGGUUAAAACAGCUGUAGACACCAUCAGAUCAUACACAAUAGACCAGCAGAAAGAGAAGUUGUCGGAUUAUCUGUCGGGGGUGGAAGUGAGGAGGCAGAACAGCAAAGCUUCCUUUGUGUACCCAAAAAGGGAGAAGUCGUACGGUUAUAGCAGUCCGGGUACCAAGAAGUUGGGAGAGACGACUGGAGCAACAAUCACCCCGAGCAAGCACGACCAACGACGCUCAGCAGUAAGUCCGAGCAAUCACCGGCUAGAUCAUGAGUGUAUGCCGUCUUCAGAGGACCAGGGAGUAUCCAGAGGGAGCAAGGGUGAUUACAGACACUCCAGACAAUCUACCAUUAUGUGGCAACAACCGAUGAGUUACGAUAUAGGAUCAAGCAACAAGAUACACCUACCAGACAUCCAGGCUGUAGUAAAGAUAACAGAGAAAGCUAUGAAAGAGGCGUUCAUGACACCUUUCCCUGGUGAUCAACCUGAUCCGGUUCGAGAGAAAGCCCCCCUUCCAGCCACCCCUCCAUGCACCUCUACAAUUACCAACGACUUGUAGAUCUUUGUAAGGAUAAAAACAACAUCCACGACUUUAACCUGGCCAAGGAACUGGCCAAGUUGAGUAGUAAAACUGGGAAGUUAAACUCAGGGCUGAACUCGAAAAACGGGAAUAAUUUGGAGGUUUCAAGCAAGGAAAACUGUAUUUAUUGUCAGCUGAUAAUGAGGCGGGUGGGGCUUUAUCAGUCUGCUCAGUUCGGGGUGACUAGUGAGAGGAUGCUUAUUUAUAAGCGAAUGCAAAGACAGACUUAGGAAUUAAUUAAACUAAAUUAUUUUGUGUAAUUAAUUUCCCGAGCAGUGAGUUGAGCGAUGGAUUGUAAGGAGUUUAUCAAAUCUUUAUCAUAUACAUGUAAUAGGAGGUCUAGAACACUUUUAUUUUGACAUCCUCAUGCCUCAGUACCUUAAAAAGAAUUUAAGCUUCAACUAUUGUCCUGAAAAAUAUGAGAAACUCAGGCAUGAUAAAACACAGGACGAACAAUAAUGCUCCGAUCGAUUUUGUUGUGUAUCUCUUGUAUUUAAUAAAUCGUUUGUUCUAGCGAGG